GGUUAGAGCUGCGUGAUCUUAAAGGUCCCUUCCAACCCAAACCAUCCUGCCCUUCUAUGGAUGUAAUUAUGCUCCAGAUAAUAAGAUUGUUCUGAGUAUAAUUAUACGUGUUGUUCACAUCAUGGAAUGUUUAGAAAAAAGGGUGCGAUUUUGUUGACCUUUGGAAACGAUUAAAAUGAUAAAUUAUCCAGAACUUGAGAGCUGUGUUUAAUCAGAACUAACUCCUGAACUGUUAGCUCGCCUGUUGUUUAACUGCAAUCUGCAUAAUGAGCUGGUGUUCUUGACUAAUGUUUUAUAAUUGAAUUUGUAAGGAGCUGAUGUGCACAAAUGCACCGUGCAUUUCUGCACUCUGCAGUGAUAUUAAUUUCAUGGUUAAUGAAGUUUGCAAGUAUCUGACAAGGUCUUAUCUGUGUGGAUGGUGCUGAUUAAAUGGAGAGCCACGUCUGCUUCCUCACGCCUGCGGGCAGGAAACGUUCACCUUCUCACAGCACCGUCCCACUCACAUGCUUCAUGAUCACAGCCAGAAGUGCACCCUACAGAACGCAGAGCGUGUGCUGCUCCUGGCAGCUGGAAGAUGGAUGGUGCUUCGGUCAGGAGUAACUCGGCUUGUUCCCGCUGCUGCUCAGGGUGCUAAGGGCCUGUUCCUACCACCAGUGCUGCAUUGCACAGCCUCACAGUUUGCGUUUAUAUCCUUUGGGAGCUGGUGCCUGUGCUGUGCCUCACAGGUGUGUGCUGUCUUCUGCUUUGUCUUGGUUUCAGCUGGGAUGGAAUUGUUUUUUUCAGUGUGCCAAGUCAGAAUUCUAGGAGGAAAACAAUGUUGAUAACACCAGUGUCUAUAGGUGCUGCUAACCAGUGCUGUACAGAGCCAAGAGUGUCUGCAAAGAAGGGCCCAAGGAGCAGCGGGGAAGAGAAUUAGGACUGAAACUGGCCGAAGGGAUAUUCCAUACCAUGUGACAUCACUUGGAAGGAGUUUUGAAGGGGGUGGGAGUUCACCUCGCUCUCUUCCACUGCUCAGGGGCUACCUGGGUGAUGGUUGGGGGACAGUGAGCAAUUGCUUAUGCAUUCAUAUAUAUCUAUAUAAAUAGGUAUAUGUAUAUUUGUCAUUAUAAUUAUCCUUUCCUUUUUCUCUACCACAGCACACUGAGUGAAGGAAGGCAGUGUAAGCAGAUAGGACCUGGAGCCGGGAGGUGAACCAGGGAGAGGGGUUCCGAAGUUUUUCAGGGUUUCAAAUGUAAUCUGCUUUAGAGAACUGGUGACUGGUGAAAUGCCCAAAGUCUGGCCAGUGCUGCUUUGUGGGGUUGGUCCUGUCAGUCUUUGGCAGCCCCAAGGCAGGCAGGCCAGCACUCACCUGCACAGCCUUUGCUUUUGCUUUUGAUUGUUGUUCCUGUCAUUUUAUCCCACUGUCAAAAGUACAGAUCUUUCCAUGGGCCAGAACUGACUUUAAGGUUACAACCAGCUGCUCACAACUUACAGCACAUCUUCUGUCUCUGGUUGUUUUUUUAAAGAUGUUAUUCCCAGAAAUUUGUAUUUCUUUUGGAAUUAUUGCUCUUAAUUUCUUACCAGCUCUGGAAAACAUCAGCUAUCAAAUACCAUCAAAUACCAUUUCAGCAUCAAAUACCAUCAAAUACCAUCAAAUACCAUUUUAGCACACCUUUCUUGUCUCGAGGGUGAUGGUGUGACAUGGCAACAUAUUUUAGUUUAUCUGCAUAGGGUUUGAAUGUUCUCUUUGAGAGGUAAUUGUAAUGACAGAAAAUGAAGUGGUCUAGACAGCUUUAAAAUUGAGCUUAAAAAUUACCUCCUUCAUCUGAUGCUAAAAGCUCGAGCUUUCUUCCAGCAGUGUGUUACAGUGCAGGCAUUAGGUGUGAGUGUUGUGGAGCUUUCAUGAAAGCUGCACAAAUGUGAAGGGGUACAAAGCUGUGUCAAUAAGAGCAGUGCUCCUGCACAUGGAAAUGAUUGCCAUUUCGUCUGCACGGAAUAAAGACCUUGUUAGUAGAGACACUGCAGCGAAGGAGCCUUCAUGGCAACCGGGCAGCAACCCUCCAUUCACUGUGUUUGUGAAAGUUGGUUGUGUAAUUUUCUGCUUUUCUUUUUGUUAGGUGAAAUGAGUCUCCCUUCUGCAAUGCAGCGCUUCUGUUGUGUCAUCAGCAGAAGGAUCAAUCUGGUUAGCAAGAACUACAUAGAAUUUCAAUGGACGUUAAACAGGCUGUGUAAAUCCACCCUUGGCCUCCCUUUGCUGUGCUCAUUGUUUUCCACAAAGAGGAACAGCUUCACGUGCUUCUUGCAUUGGUCUGAAGAUACAUUUGGGAGUUGGCUUCUGCUUUUGGGACUGUUCCACUGCAGGCCUGACUGAUGAGCUCUCUGAUGGGGGCGUUUGUUGCCGUGCUUUGGCAGCACUGUGGGUUCUGCUGCUGGCUUAAAACAACUGUAAAACGACUAAGAGAACCAAAGCAUGAAAGACGCCCUUGGAGGAUAUGGUUUUUAGACACUUCCAAGCAAGCCAUAGGGAUGUUGUUCAUCCACUUUGCAAACGUCUACUUAUCAGACCUUACUGAAGAAGACCCUUGUUCACUGUACUUUAUCAACUUCUUGUUAGAUGCCACAUUAGGAAUGCUGUUAAUCUAUGCAGGUGUACGUGCAGUCAGCAGCAUUGUGGAAUGGCAGCAGUGGGAGUCCCUGCGCUUUGGUGAAUAUGGUGACCCGCUGCAGUGCAGCGCUUGGAUGGGUCAGUGUGCUCUGUACAUAAUGAUUAUGACAUUUGAGAAAACCAUCAUCAUUAUAGUGCUUCUGAUUCCUCAGUGGAAGGAGGUAGCUUUAUUGAAUCCUAUAGAGAACCCCCAGUUGGAGCUGGCUAUCGUCAUGUUGAUAGUUCCCUUCUUUGUUAAUGCAUUUAUCUUCUGGGUUGUAGAUAAUUUUCUUAUGAAGAAAGGGAAGACAAAAGCUAAACUUGAAGAAAAAGAAGCAGGACAAGAUUCAAGAAAUGGGAGUAAAGUCCGCUACAGGAGAGCAGCAUCACAUGAGGAGUCAGAGUCAGAAAUCCUCAUCUCGGCAGACGAUGAGAUGGAGGAAUCGGACGUGGAAGAGGACCUGCGUAGACUGACCAACCUAAAGCCCAUUAAGAAGAAGAAGCAUCGUUUUGGUCUGCCAGUAUGAUGCAUUCCCUGACCUGUGUUUGCAGGUUUCACUGCAAGAACUUCUCAGUCAGUGGGUUUUAAUGUUGCAGUUGCUUCUCACUUUCAUACAAACUGACUCAAAAGCAAGGUCUGUCAACAUAAUGCAAUCAGCUGGAAGACUUGCAGUUCAGUUGCACUACAGACACACUGACCAAUUAUGCAAGAAUGUCUUUUCAUCCUGUGUGAAAGCAGCAUUGUUAAGGACGGGUCACUGCUGUGACUGCAUCUGACAUGUCAGAGAAGAUCCAGAUAAGAUCCAGUAACCUUUCCUUUGUGGUUACCGGAUGAUGCGGUGUAAGAUGUUCUCUAAAAGGCAUCCAAAUUGAAUAAGUUAGAGUGUGUUUUAUUACUAAAACUGGCUUUUGCAGCAUAAUUCCUAGAGCAGAAUAGUUUAUGGCUACAAGCUGUAACUUACUGUUAUUUUUUUAAGUACAAAUGUUUACUUGCUACCAGGUACCUAUGGAACUAAUAGGUGGAACAAAGAUUUUUUCCAAGAUUCCUCAAAUCUAUUUGACUAUUUUAUAUUUAAGUUAUAUUUUCAUACGGUUGUAUUUAAAGAUUCUCCUUGUCAGAGCAAAGGGUGUCGUUCCCUUCUUUGUGCAGAAAAGGUCAAAAGGUUUGUCAGUUUGUCGUGAACAUCGUUUUAUCCUUGUGUGCUGGUUUCAGACAAAGGGGCUGCAAAGGGAAGAGCUCUGUCACUGCUGCAAUCACCAGGUGUCACUAAGGAUGCAGUCCUUGGUGUGAUUAUGACCAUGUGAUUUGAGAAUACCUUUGUUCAGUACGAGGUGUUGGCCGCGUGUUUGACUAAUGUGCACUUUAGUGUAUAGCAGCAGUGUGUCACAGUAGGUCACUUCUUUGUGAAACCAAUAUCUGUGAUUGAAUUUAUUUCCGUGUCUGAAAGUCUGCUGUGUGAACCUCUUGUGUAGUGCAGGAGGGGUGGAACCUUCCUGAGGCUUUUCCUUGCGUAGGGCCAUCCAGGGCCUCGAUCUGAUGGAGGACUGUGCUACAGUAUUGUGACUAAUUCUGUCCCAUGCUUAUUUUCUGUUGAAAAAGCAACCUUCUGUGUCGUGUGCUUGAAAAACGGGAGUCUUCUGUUUACUUUCCUGUCAACCUGGCUAUCCUCUCGUAUGUCACAGAAGAGAGGCGUAGUGCAGCUGCUGCAGAACUUCUGCAGUUCUCAGCUCAUGUCUUCUAGCAGUUGACAACGUGUGCUGCUCUAAAACCCUUCGGGCAUUUUCAGUGAGAUCCUUUUGCUUUGCCUGUGUUCUGAAUGUUUCUGACAGCUUUCCUUGCUGAGCUGAACCUUGUGCAGGACAAGGCGGUGUGUCAGAGAAGUGACAACAGAGACUGAUUGCAAGUCUGUUUUAGUGUCCGGACACCAGAAGUGUUCCAAGCCUUAAACCAAACAGUUUCAUCCGAAAACUGCUCAGAACUUUUUAAGAUUUUUUACAUUUUUUAUGACUUUACCAGGUCUUGAAGUGAUUUUCUUAUCCAGACCGCUUACACCUGGUUCUUGGGCCUUAGUAAAUACCGAACUGUGCGCUCCCUUCCUUCCCACUGCUCCAGCUUUCCUUUUCCUGCUCGGCUGCUGAGGUGAACGCAGCGCUCUGAGCCUCCAGGGAUCACCUCAGCGUGCCCAGCUGAUUCAAAGGGACGUUGUACCAAACCUGGUGUUUGCAAGCUUAGGUGAGCCACUGACCUCUGUUACUGUGCACUGAAAUGUAAUUACUGCAAUAAGUUCAAAUACGAGCGUUUCUUUUAGAUUCAAUGUAGAAUCUGACGACCUGGAGGACAGGGAAACGGGGAAAUGUCCCUCAUCAGUGUUGCCUCUGUUUUCGUUUUUAGUGUUGCUGGUUGUUGGUUUCAUUGCCCUGCUGGUAGUUGCUGGUUGGGUAGUUUUGUGUCUCCACAAGCACAGAAGUCCUUCGAGGAAUUCCUUUUCAUCAACAACCUGCUGUUCUAAAGGGAUGUGAGAGCUGGGGCUGGCUCUCGUCGUAAAUGUGUUUAUAUUUUCAGCGUAGGCUUUGUUGAGUUUCAGCUGGUGGAAUCCAAGUGCGUCGCAUGUGCUGCACAGUCACUGCUAUCCUCAUCAACUGCGCGGCGCACACAGGUUUAACUCUACAGGCUUUCAUUUCAUCUUCCUUUUCCCUCCUCUGAUCUCUUAAAUUAUUGAAAUGAUAUCUAUUUCUAUAUCUAUUUCUGGUCUCGUGUGCAGUCUGUGAAAUGUCCGUAUGAAAUUAUGGCCUUAAUCAUGUAAAGUAUUUGUUUUGAGCAGACCUCAAACUGGCUGACUGAGUACAAAGGAAAAGAAAGGAAUAGAAAGGAGUCCAAAGGAAUAUAAAGGAAUAGAAAGGAGUUCAAAGGAAUAUAAAGCACUACAGAGCAUUUCUUGAAGGUGGUUUUUGCAAAUGCCUGAUUUUUUAUGUCUUAAGUGCUUAAACGUUGCUUGGUUUGAGACUUCAGCAUGCCUAGCGAGGUGAUGUAGGAAAGCACUAUGAGCCAAAGAGAAGUCGAGUGUUUUAAGUACUGCAGCAAUGGGAGGAGGAGAGUAUCUUCAGAGGGAGAAAAACUGCUCUAACUCCCUCUGCUAAGACCAAGUUCUUGCUCACAAGCUCAGCCCAACACCCAGGCCUGGUUUUCUGCUGUUUGUUUUACAUUAUCGCGUGAAAAAGGAAGAAAAGGUGCACAGCUGCAGUUUUCCCCUUUGGAGAUGAGAAUGGGAGCUGUGGUCAGUGUGGGUUGGUGGGCUCCUGUCCGAGCUCCCGUGUGCAGGGAAGGAUUUGCCCCGUGCUCCCUGCAUCGUGCUGCUCGUGGCCAUGGGCUGCAGGCACGGCUGGAGUCAGUGUUCGACUCAGAGUCGGUCCAGUCAUAAUAAUACCAUGAUGGCAGCUUUGUGUCUGUCCUCACACUGGCGCUCUGAGCUCACACCUGGCUAAUGCUGUUCAUGACAGCCAACAGUGAAGAUUAGUUCAGGCUUGAAAACGUGAUUGUUAAUGGAAAUAAGCUGCGUUCUGUAUGUCAGAGUGAGAGAAAGGGAGCGUAACGUACCGACAUACAGUGUUGGUGCAGCUGAGAUUUCCCACGUCUGGGUCAGCCUCCAUCUAUGAACAGCUCCUGGUGUCUGACCUGCAGCACGUCCGUGUGGGCUGACAGCUCCGCUGUUACCUGGGAUGUGGUUUUCAGGCUCUGGCUUUAAUCCGUUCAGGUCCCCUUGUCUGACUUCCAGUCGGUGGAUGCUGUACAUUAAUGCUGCUCACUACAACGGGCUCAAGAUUUUUUCAGGGAAGACUCAGAAAUUGAGUUGCAAAUCAGAGCAAUGCAAAGUGAUCCAUCCCUGCCCACUGUGCACCCAGAGGGGAGGGGGGCUCUGCAGGAGCUGAGCAUCACGAGGGGUCUCUGCCACUGUGCUUGACCAGCCCAUGUUGGCAGCUUCACUGUGCAGGAGAAACCAGCGAUGGAAGAGAAUAAAUUCGGCCACAUCAGGUCAGAGCAGGUCGUACAGCAGAGGGGUGCAAACCUCUUAUGUACUUAAAGUUUCCAGCUCAAUUACUGAAAAUGGCUGCUAUAGUUUUACAAAGUAAAGCUGCAGUAUCUUUACAAAGGGACUCUUGUAGGUGUUUCUGUCUUUGGUGGGUAUCUGUCUCCAACUGAACGUUGGGUUUGUUUGUAAGUAAAGUCAGAUUGGAGCCUGUGUGAGCAAAGCAAACAGCUGCGUUCUGCUGCCCUCUGUCCGACCACGCUGUUAAUCAGUAGCGUUACCUUCAACUUCUAAGGGUAUCUGAUGUAACUGCAUUGUAUAACGGGUUACAAUAAAGGUGACUUAUUACAGA